AUGACGCAGACGACAGGCAAGCGCGUCGCGCUGAUCACGGGCUGCUCUGAGCCCUCGUCACUGGGAGCGCUCCUCGCGCUCGAGCUGGCAAAGGUACACGACUAUCGGGUGUUCGCGAGUGCGAGGCGCGUCGAAACGCUGAAGGGGUUGGCCGCGGAGGGCCUCGACAUCCUCGAGCUAGACGUCACCCAGGCCGACUCGAUCGCCGCGGCAGUCAAGUCCAUCCGCCGCGCGGCGGGCCGGCUCGACCUGCUGGUCAACAACGCGGGCGUGGCGGGCUUCUCGCCCCUGCUCGACACGAGCAUCGACGCGCUCCGCGCCAUGAUUGAGAUCAACACGAUCGCGCCGCUCGCCCUCGCGCAGGCGUGCGUCCCGCUGCUUGUCCGCGGGGCGGAGAGCGGGCGCGACGCCGUGAUCGCAAACGUGUGCAGUACGGCCAAGGACGGGCUGCCUUUUAUCGGCGCGUACGGGGUCUCCAAGGUGGGCGCCGCAGGCGAUUACAAAGAGACUAUGCACUCACUCACGCCCCGCCAGGCCGCCGCAACCACCCUCUCCGACACGCUCCGCCGCGAGGUCGCCGACGUAGGCAUCAAGGUCGUGACCCUCGAGUUUGGCACGAUCAAGACGCAGAUGAGCGCCGGCGACAAGGUGUUCGAGCUGGCAGGCACCCCGACGGGGCUGUACAAGCCGACAGAAGAGCUCGAGGCGGCGACGAAGGCCAUGAUGCUGCGUAACCACUCCAUCGCGCCUGACGCCGCCAGCGUGACCCGCCGCGUGGCGACCGCGCUCGCGGCCGACAGCCCGCCGCGCAAGAUCUGGGCUGGCGUGCCCAGCUUCAUCUCGCGCUGGGUCAUUCCGCUCCUCGCGACGUGGUUGCUCGACGCGAUGCUCCGCCGCGUUAUGAAGGUGCGCGAGAUGGUGCGCAAGCCGGUCGUGCGUUAG